GUUACCGGAAGUUUACAAAUAUUAACCGAGCAAGCUACGAUUUAGCUAACUUUUUUUUAAAUCUAUGUUUUGACCAACCUUUAAAAAGCAUCGGUUUAAAACAAAUACAGGGGAAAGAUGGUUUGUGAAAAGUGCGAGAAGAAGCUUGGGAAAGUCAUCACACCUGACACCUGGAAGGAUGGAGCUCGUAACACAACAGAGGGUGGUGGCCGUAAGCUAAACGAAAACAAGAUCCUGACGUCUAAGAAAGCCAGGUUUGACCCAUACAGCAAGACGGGCUUCGCUACGUGCAGAAUCUGCAAGAGCUCAGUCCAUCAGUCUGGAUCACACUACUGUCAGGGCUGUGCCUACAAGAAAGGAAUCUGUGCAAUGUGUGGAAAGAAGGUUUUGGACACCAAGAACUACAAACAGACGUCUGUGUGAUAACAGCAUGACAGUCAGACAACAGUUAAACGGGUGAGGUGUGGACUGAUAUGAGGAUGAGACUGGUGUUUGUUUGCCAUAAUUUCAGUAUGUUUUAAAAAUGUCCUGUCCUCUUUUGUUGAUUUUCUUCUCACCUUUGUGGAAAAGAGAGAUUUGGAGCUGGCUUUGUCCUCUUAUUACUGAAUAGCAUAUAAUGCCACUAGAACUAUUACAGUGGCCGUACACAGAGAAGCACUGUUGUAUCUAAAUACCCCACCAGUCAUCACCUGUUCUAGAUUUUUUGUAUAUUUUAAAUUCAAUACUUUGCUUUUUAAAAAGUUGAUUUCUGUAUGUAAUAUAUCAAGUGUUGCAUUUUUGAGUGAAUUAAACCAUUCAGUAUGAAUGACA